AUGUCAAUUCAGACACGCUCCCUUGGGCAAAUCAAAGAAGUACCAUUAUCACAAAUAAGAAGACCUAUAGCACCAGUACUUGACUAUGCUAAGAUUGAUGCUAUGGUCAACACAAUGAAUGGUGAACCUAGUGCAAGUAAAACAUGUACACUAGAAGAAGCAAAAGAGUUAGAUGGUAAAUUACCGCCCAUAGACGUUAUGGCGGUAAGAGAAAACGAUCAAACGUAUUAUUUCGCAUUUGGCGGCUGUCACAGGUUUCAGGCGUACGAACGCAAGGCCCUGGGGUCCAGCGACAACGAUGCUUUGGUAAGAUGCAAAGUUCUGCCAGCAACAAGAAAACAGCUUCAACUGUACGUGGGCGCAAGCGUAGACACCAUGUUUGCCGCCGUUGAUAAGGCGAACGCUGCGUCAAAAGACUGA